AUGUGCGUGCGCGUGUGCAUUGUUGCAUACGAACUACCCGCAGCGCCGGGGCAGCAGCAUUCGCGUCACGAUUCGCACGUCCGCGCGCGGAUAUUGUACGCUGUCGCGGCUGGUGCGCGUGCGUACGCCAUUACGCCCGUUACGCCUUGCCGUUCACCGUCCGCGCGCGGCAGGUGCGCGGGCCCGACGUUGCCCGUCGCAAAAGUUUAUCGCCCACCGAGAAAACGGUUCGCGCUCCAACGACCGCCGCCGCCCCUCCCGCGUUUCGCGUAUGCGCGCGCGCGCGCCCGCGCGUACGACGCUGCGGCGCGACACGCUGUUCGCCGCGCGCGCCGCUUACACGACAACACGAACAACGACCGCGUCAUCGUACCGCUGUUAUCGUUAUUGCGUCGGUGCGCGGACAAUACGCGACGCAGUACACGAACAACCGUACCCGUACCGACUAUUACUGCGGACCGUACCCGUCGCACGUGUACGGCAGAGGGCUGCGAAUUUAUACAACGCGCUAAAAAAAUAUGUAUCGUCGACUGA